AUGAUGGGGUCAGAGAGAGAGUGUGAGAUUUCUCUACCUGUUAUUGAUUUCAGUAAUGAAGACCUGAAACCUGGAACUCAAACAUGGGUUUCCACUUGUGAUGUUGUGAGGGGUGCCUUAGAGCAUCACGGUGGAUUCCUGGCACACUACAAUAUUGAUCCACUGCUCCAUGACUCUAUCUUCUCUGCAAUGGAACAACUCUUGGCCCUUCCAUUAGAAACAAAAAUGCAACACACCACUGAUAAACCUAUCUACAGCUAUGCAGGACAACGCCCUGAUAUUCCUUUGUAUGAAUCCAUGGCCAUCGAUAACCCAUUAAAUGCUAAAGACUGUCACAAGUACACAACCACCAUGUGGCCACAAGGGAAUGACCAAUUCAGUGAAAGUGUGAAUUCCUAUGCAAAGAAAGUGGCAGAACUGGAUUAUAUGGUUAAGAGAAUGGUGUUUGGGAGCUAUGGAUUGGAGAAUCAGAAAUGUGAGUCUCUGAUUGAAUCAACUGAUUAUAUUCUGAGAUGCUACAAAUAUAGAACACCGAAGGUUGGUGAAACCAACUUAGGAGUGCGUCCUCAUACAGAUUCAGGGUUCCUUACUAUAUUGAAUCAGAGGUUAACUGGCUUAGAGAUUCAGUUGGAGAAUGGAGAGUGGAUCCAGGUUGAUGCCUCACCCUCCAUGUUUGCAGUAUUGGCCGGUGAUGCAUUUAUGGUAUGGAGUAAUGACAGGAUUCGCAGUUGUGUACACAGAGUAUUGAUGAAUUCAAAGGUAGAGAGAUACAGUUUGGGGCUGCUUUCAUAUGCUGGAAAGGUGAUGGAAGCAGAGGAAAAAUUAGUGGAUGAGGAACACCCUCUUCGUUAUAAACCAUUUGACCAUUAUGGAUAUCUUCGUUUCUUCCUCACAGAAGAAGCUGUUAAAGCUGCUUCUAGGAUCAAGGCAUAUUGUGGCAUUUGA